UUAGCUCAUGUUACAGUAGCUAGGUGGUUAAAAUAUAUGAAAAUACUGGAGUGUAUAUGUUCCUCCUUCUUGAAGACUUCCAUAUAUAGAGUUAAAGGCAUACAAACAUUUGCAUGUAUGGUCAUAGAUAAAUAGACAAAGAGACAGAUAGAUUUAAUUGCCUUUACAAUGUCAGACAUGAUUAUUCGAUCUAAAAUACAAAUAUAUGGAAGUUCAUAAACUCAUAAAGUCUAAGGAUAUUUCUUUUGUAUUCUGUUGUUGUUCGAGGCAAAAUGUCCAUCAUGCAAUGCUCCUUCAUUCUGCUCGUCUUCAUUGGUGCAGUGAGGUCACAAGUCAAUCCAGCUACAUGCAGGUAUCCACUGGGGAUGACUGGAGGCAAGAUUCAGGAUGAGGACAUUUCAGCGUCCAGCCAAUGGUCGGAGUCAACCGCAGCUAGAUAUGGCAGACUGGAUUUCGAUGACGGAGAUGGCGCAUGGUGCCCGGAGGCAAAUGGUCCCCGGAGGCAAAUGGAGUUCCUGCAGAUCGACCUUCGCAUUCUGCACUUCGUCACCCUGGUGGGCACGCAGGGGCGCCAUGCGGAUGGCGCAGGCAACGAGUUUGCGCAGCGCUACAGGAUUAAAUACAGCCGUGACGGCUCCCGCUGGGUCUCCUGGCGCGACCGUAAGGGCAGUCAGAUCAUCGAAGGCAACAAGAACGCCUAUGACAUAGUGCUGAAGGACCUGGAGCCUCCGAUCAUCGCCCGCUUUGUGCGAUUCAUGCCCAUCACUGAUCCCACUGCAUCUGUGUGUAUGAGGGUGGAGCUGUAUGGAUGCGAGUGGCUAGAUGGCCUUGUGUCCUACAGCAGCCCUGCUGGAGAGGAGAUGACCAUUGGUGGACAGCAAGUCUACCUUAAUGACAGCGUGUAUGAUGGAGCCAUGGGAUACAGCAUGACGGAGGGUCUCGGGCAGUUGACAGAUGGAAGUUGGGGUCUGGACGAUUUCACUCAAAGCCACGUUUAUGGUGUUUGGCCCGGAUAUGACUAUGUGGGCUGGAGCAAUGCUAGCUUUUCCAGCGGCUCUGUGGAAAUGACAUUCGAGUUUGACCGCAUCCGAAACUUUACGUCAAUGAAGGUUCACUGCAACAACAUGUACACAUCAGGGGUGAGAAUAUUCCAGAAAGUCGUCUGUUACUUUCACUCGGAGUCAGAUUGGGAGGCCAGGCCUGUUUCUUUCAAGCCCAUUUUGGACGUUACAAGCCCAAGUGCUCGAUUUGUCACAGUUCCUCUGGGGAAUCGCAUGGCCAAUGCCAUUAGGUGUCAAUUUGCCUUCAGCGACACUUGGAUGAUGUUCAGUGAGAUUGCUUUCCAGUCAGAUACAGCAGUGUAUAAUACCUCUCUUGUUCCAACGAAACGUGGCCAUCCUACGAGCACGCAGCCAGGACUCGAUCCCACCCAUAAGACUGAUGACAGCAACACGCGCAUCCUCAUAGGCUGCUUGGUGGCCGUCAUCGUCAUCCUGCUGGCCAUCAUCAUCAUUAUCCUCUGGAGACAGGUCUGGCAGAAGAUGCUAGAAAAAGCCUCACGUCGGAUGUUGGAUGAUGAAUUAAGUUCCCGCCUCUCAGGCCGCAGAGAACCUUUUUCUCAUCGUCACUCGUCCCUGUCUAGCGAUUCAGAAUCUACUGGCACAUACGAGAGGGUUUUCCCACUGGGAUUUGAGUAUCAGGAGCCAUCCGGGUUACGGAAAUCACCAGAAUUUCAGGCAAUGGAAAAUCUCGCAGUCAUGUCUGAAUCGUCCGACCAGCAUACAUCCACCACCAAAGAUGAUGUCCCUCCCUACGCAGAAACAGAUGUAGCGAGGCAGCAGAAAGCAACGAGCAGUCAUUGUUAUUCCAUUGCAACAAUCAGCAUGCCUCCUGGACGAGAUGGAGCAUUGGAAGAAUUUCCCAGAGAGAAGCUGACAUUCAAAGACAAGCUUGGAGAAGGCCAGUUUGGAGAGGUGCAUCUAUGUGAGGCAAAAGGAAUGAAGGAUUUUAUGAAGGAUGACGGUAGUGAUAUCGGGGAUGAGCCUAUUCUGGUGGCUGUAAAGAUCCUCAGAGAGGAUGCAACAAAAAACGCAAGGAAUGACUUUUUAAAGGAGAUCAGGAUCAUGUCAAGGUUGCGAGACCCCAACAUUAUUCGCUUGCUGGCUGUGUGUGUAGAGAGCGACCCCCUGUGUAUGAUCACGGAGUACAUGGAGAACGGAGACCUCAACCAGUUCCUCUCUCGCCACAAUCUUGAAGAUUUGGGACAAGACCCAGAGCACACAGCCACCAUCAGUUACAGUGUCCUGAUUAACAUGGCUGCUCAGAUCGCUUCAGGUAUGAAGUAUCUGUCUUCUCUUAACUUUGUGCACCGUGACUUGGCCACACGUAACUGCUUGGUGGGGACAAAUUACACCAUCAAGAUUGCAGAUUUUGGCAUGAGCAGGAACCUGUAUCGUGGAGAUUACUACCUCAUCCAGGGCCGAGCCGUGCUCCCUAUCCGCUGGAUGUCCUGGGAGAGCGUUCUCCUGGGCAAAUUCACCAUGGCCAGUGAUGUGUGGGCCUUCGGUGUAACACUCUGGGAAAUGGUCACUCUGUGCAAAGAGCAGCCGUACUCACAACUCUCAGAUGAUCGAGUGAUCGAGAACAUGGGCGAGUUCUUUCGAGACCAGAACAAGCAGGUGUACUUGCCGAAGCCUUUGUGUUGCCCCGAUGCCAUCUACAGCCUCAUGCACAGCUGCUGGACGAGGAACGCCAAAGAACGUCCGACGUUUGAGCAGAUCCACGCAGCUCUACUUGAAUGCCAGGCUGGAAAUGUGCUGAGUGAUGAAUCUGACACAAACACACAGUUCUGAACUUUUCCCUCCAGCUGUGCAUAAUAAUAGCUGCAAUGCAUGGUAGGAACUGUCAAGAAAGUCUGCAAUUACUGUAUAAAUGAUGUAAAAAGCUGAUUGUUACAUGAGUUAUAUGAAUUUCGUAUGCAUAUAAGAAUGUUUGUUAUUCUUGUUCUCUUCAUUAAGCUCUAUUAUAUAGCUAAUUGUUUACACCUAUUAUAAAUCUGCCAUUAUUCUGCACACUUCCUUUGAACCUUGUUAAAUGAAUAAACCCUCUUGACUUUUGAAACUGCAAGUAGUUGUGUCGUGUUCAGCGCUUCUGGAAUCUGAUUGGCCAAAAGGUGUUGAUAAAUUUGCUAUUACAGCAGUUCUAACAUUAGUGUAGCUGCAAAUGACUGUGUUGAUUUUCUGGAAGUUUCAGUGCUUCAGAGGUAAAGUUUUUUAUCACAAAAAAAGUCUUCAUCGCA